AUGAUAUUUUUGAAAGACUUUCUGGAGUCAGCUGAAGCACAUUAUUUUGUUGGAUAUCGAGUGCAUUAUUACUUAUUUACAGAUCAACCAGAAGCCGUCCCUAAUGUAAAGCUCGGUGAAGAACGUAAGCUGAUAGUGCGGAAGGUACCGAGUUCGAAUAGGUGGCAGGACAUCAGUAUGGGCAGGAUGGCAGCAUUGGAAAAACUAACAGAGGAACUGGACAAUGAGGCUGACUACAUUUUCUGCUUCGAUGUGGAUGCGAAGUUCUAUGCCCGCUGGAGUGCGGAGACUUUAAGUCAUAUGGUAGCAGUGAUUCACCCUUGGUUUUAUAAUUAUCCAAGGGAAAAAUUCACAUAUGAACGUAGACCAGAGUCAGAAGCGUUUAUUCCGGCUGAUGAAGGUGAUUUUUACUACGCUGGUGGCGAAUUUGGUGGCUCUGUGCAGGAGGUGCAUAAGCUCACCAAAACCUGCACUGAGAAGCAAAGUAUUGAUCGUGCUAAAUCCAUCGAGGCACUAUGGCACAACGAGUCUCACUUGAACAGGUAUUUUCUUUACAACAAACCCAGCAAGCUGCUCUCUCCCGAGUAUCUGUGGCGAGAUAUUAGUGCCGGAACGAAUGAAGUGAAAGUCAUUCGUUUCACUAGUGUAGCUAAAAAUAUGGCAGAGGUUCGCCCAAACAUAUAGCAACGUUACCAAUGGCAAUAUUCACCUGCAUUAACAUUUUGCGUCCAUGCAGGCCUCAGAUGUGCCAAAAGGUAAUACUCAGGGAAUAUAAAAAUAACUUUGAAGUCAAGCGGACAGUAACAGGACAUGAAACCUGGCCAGAUAUAAAGGAGAAAGUUGCGAAAGAAAGUUUACAGAAAAACAUAACUAAUAUUUAUUUUUCUUGCAUCAUCAAUAUUUAAAAUGUUGAUGUCUGAUAUGUUUUAUACAUACAAACCAUACAUUAAAAAAACAAGGCAAUAAAUAUAAGAUCAACAAGACAGAAUGAAAUUAAAUUUAAGGAAGUAUACUGAGAUAAUAGAUGCAUUUGGGGAGGACAAAGUAAAUCAGUCUGGUAUCAAUUUGUCAUCUGUACAUUUUUUUCCUCAUACUGUAGUUUAAGAAACUAAGUGACAAAUGAAGUUGUAAAAAUUGUUUGGAAUGAAACAAAUGAUUUAUGUCAUAUCAUGCAGCCUUUGCUCAUUUAGUUAUUCUAAAUAAAUUGGCUUAAUCUUUUGGUUCAUUUCUGUGUGAUUGGUUUUGAGUUGGUUGGUCCCACGGGCUUCAGGGUGUCCAGGAAAGAUACAGGGUCUGUACAUCAGGAAAAGUAACAGCUGGUCUAUGGUAAAAUACGUAUAGACUGGAAAAUGCUUUUUUCAGGGUCUUCUGUGUGAAUAUGGUAUUUUCAAUACUAAAUACAUGUAAACAAACAAACAUUUUUUGAACUCCAUAGCUGGAGAUACCUAAAAAUAA